UUGUCCCGGAUCUGAUAUUUGAUCAGUUCGACCCGACCGGAUCCUCCCCUACUUAUUCUCCUUCCCUCUCUUCACCCGCCGUCGACACCGGAAAUAAGGCGGAGCUCCGGAUCUGAGAUCUGUUGUUCUACGGAGAUGAGUUCGGCUCAAGAUCCGUUUUAUAUAGUUAAAGAGGAGAUCCAGGAAUCAAUUGAUAACCUGCAAGCUACUUUUCGGCGAUGGGAACAAACCCAAUCGAACACCGGAGAGCAUGUUCAUCUAACUAAAGAGAUUGUUGCAAGCUGUGAAAGCAUCGAGUGGCAGGUGGAUGAACUGAGCAAGACAAUUUCAGUGGCAGCACAAGAUCCAGCUUUCUAUGGACUUGAUGAGCUCGAACUUGAGAAACGUAGGAGAUGGAGCAAUACAGUGCAUAACCAGGUGAACAGUGUGAGGAAAGCAGUAGAAGCUGGAAGACAAAACACUAGCUCAGUAAGUUCUGGUGUCAGUGGAUCACGCCAAGAAUUUAUGAAGCUUCAAAAUGAUUACACUUCUCAGACGGGCAUAUCGCGCCACCAUGUUGCCAAUGACAAUGACGAUUUCAUCUCUUCAGAAUCUGAUCACCAACAGCUCCUUAUAAGGCAGCAAGACGACGAGUUGGAUGAGCUUACCGCAAGUGUGCAGAGAAUUGGAGGUGUAGGACUUACUAUUCAUGAAGAACUUAGUGGGCAGGACAGAAUUUUGGGUGACCUGAGCGUGGAGAUGGAAACCACGUCAAAUAGGUUGGACUUUAUUCAGAAAAAAGUGGCUACGGUCAUGAAGAAAGCCAGUGCAAAGGGACAAUUGAUGAUGAUAUUAUUCUUGGUGGUUCUCUUCAUCAUUCUUUUUGUUUUGGUGUUCCUAACAUAGAAGGAGAAAACUGGAAUGGAAUUGUGUUGUUGGUAUUAUCUUUACUGCGAGAGCAUCGGCAGACCAACAUGCCUCUGUUUUUCUGCCAAACGUAUGUUUGGUCUUUUUCAGUUACUUGUAAUGUUGUAAAUUAGGUAUGUGAGUAUCGAGUUUUGGUGAAUGAUCAAUAUAAUGGCAGCUUAUAAUACAGAAUUCCAAAUAGGUGAACCUAAAAGAACCUUUUAAGGUUUCCUAUUUAAAGCUUUACUUGGUUCUAAUA